AUGAACUGCCACAAAGAACCCGAGUUCCAAAUCCGCGACAUCCCCAGUCUUCGGGGGUACAUCGCCAUCGUUACAGGCGGCAACUCUGGUAUUGGCUAUGAAACAACACUUCAACUCGCCCUCAAGGGCGCUAGAGUUUACAUCGCCAGCCGCUCAAGUGAACGUGUCAACAAGGCCAUCUCUGAUAUGCGACAAAACAGUCCCGACUUAGACCUUCACUUCCUCAAGCUAGACCUCCAGGACCUCCAGAGCAUCAAAGAUACCGCUGCUGAUUUCAUGAGCCGCGAAAAUCGCCUUGAUCUACUCAUCAAUAACGCUGGCAUCAUGGCCAGUCCCUGGCAAUUGACAAAGGACGGCUUUGAAGUCCAAUGGCAGACUUGCUUCCUCUCCCAUCACGCCCUCACCAUGUCACUGAUGCCUCUCCUCGUCGCCGCCGCUCAGACCAGUGGUCGCAUGGACCGUGUGAGAAUCGUCAAUGUUGCUAGCGACAUGGCCUUCAGGAUGGGACCAGAAGCCAUUAAUUAUCAGGACCCUAAUCUCACUGAUGUCACCGGGCAACUAGCGCCAUGGAGGAGAUACGGCCACUGCAAGCAAGCCAGCAUCAUUGCCGUGAAGGCCAUUACAGAACGCUACCAGCCUCUCGGUGUUACAGCCUACUCCCUUCAUCCAGGUCUUAUCAAGUCCGGUCUGCAGUCUCACUCGAACAACAUCUUCGGAGCCAUGACACGUGUCGCCAUGAAAGUCGGCCCAACGUCUACGCCACUCGAAGGAUCGAUGAACUCUCUAUUCUGUGCUACAACUCCGCAAGCCUACGAGCACGCUGGCAGAUAUUAUGUGCCUGUUCAGAAGCUAGAUGAUAAGGCUAAUAAGUGGUUGGAUGAUCCUCAGGCUGUCGGUAAGCUUUGGGACUUGGCGACCAAGCAAUUGAAGGAGCAUGGGUUCGUCUUUGAGGACUUGCCUCGAUAUUAUGCAUAG